CAACGGUUGUCAACCAACACAUCCAACCCGUCGUCAACCAAUGUGUUGGACUUCUCUCAAAGUCUGAUCGCAAAUAUACAGUCAAAUGGAUUGCGAGGAUAUGUGCUGUUCGUUGAAAACAACGGAAUUACUUCAAUUCGAGCCAACAUUUUGGGUGCAAAUGACAAGCGAUACGAUUGGAAAGUCUAUGGAAGCACUGCCGGAAUGUCUGGCGAUAAUUCGUGUCCACAGAUGAGUCCAUCGGCACUGAGCUUAGACUUGACGGCCGUUUUGGGUCCCAUAGAGAUCGGCCGCGAAAAUGUAUUCACAGCCAAAUUCAAGUCAAUUAGCGGUGAAAAUACUUUAAUCGGUCGGACUUUAAUGCUGAGGAAUGUUGAGAACGGAUCCGUUUCUUGCGCUAUGAUAUUACCCUUUGGAUCGAAAAAGACAUUUGAAGUGAAAUUUCAUUCACCGAUUGAGGGCUCAAUAUAUUUGAUUCAAUGCAAUAACAUUACGGGUUUGGUGUCAAGCCUUUCGUACUCCAAUCAAAUCAGAAAAUCUUCGGCAAACAAAUGGACUUUAAUGGUCGGAUCCCAUAGCGAUGAUAAUGAAAGCGCACGCAAUAAUCACGAGAAUAGCAAAUGUCAAUCAUUUCUUGGGCGACCCUUUUUAAAAGAUAUGUUAAUUCCGGGCACUAUUAACAUUGGAUCCGAUCCCUAUACCACUGACGGCAAAACAUUUAAAAGCAUUGAUAAUGUUUUACCUCUAGAUAUAGUGCCAGUGAUUUAUUUAAUUAUAUAUUCUGAUGAAAAUUCUGGUAAUAUAUUGAGUUGUGCACCGAUUCGACGAUUACACACACGAAUAGCUUCGGCUAAAUUCAAUUACCCGAUGCUUAAGGGAUCGGUUGAGUUGAGUCAAGAGACACCACUCGACCCAACUAUUGUCGACAUCAAUAUAGAGCUCUUCAGAACCGCUUAUAGCUAUGGAAUCGACGAAUUGCCCAAAAUUGUUAGAACUAAAGAGAUGUCAAACAAAGACUGUCCCAACAUUAACAGCAUUAUUUUCAAUCCACGUAAUAUCGAUCCCGACUCCGUUCCCGCCGAAGGACAGGGAACUACAGACCAGUACGCGAUCGGCGAUCUGAGCGGCAAAUACGGCAACUUAGCCGAUAAGAGUUCAGUAAUGGUCGGAUCCCAUAGCGAUGAUAAUGAAAGCGCACGCAAUAAUCACGAGAAUAGCAAAUGUCAAUCAUUUCUUGGGCGACCCUUUUUAAAAGAUAUGUUAAUUCCGGGCACUAUUAACAUUGGAUCCGAUCCCUAUACCACUGAUGGCAAAACAUUUAAAAGCAUUGAUAAUGUUUUACCUCUAGAUAUAGUGCCAGUGAUUUAUUUAAUUAUAUAUUCUGAUGAAAAUUCUGGUAAUAUAUUAAGUUGUGCACCGAUUCGACGAAUACACACACGAAUAGCUUCGGCUAAAUUCAAUUACCCGAUGCUUAAGGGAUCGGUUGAGUUGAGUCAAGAGACACCACUCGACCCAACUAUUGUCGACAUCAAUAUAGAGCUCUUUAGAACCGCUUAUAGCUAUGGAAUCGACGAAUUGCCCAAAAUUGUUAGAACUAAAGAGAUGUCAAACAAAGACUGUCCCAACAUUAAUAGCAUUAUUUUCAAUCCACGUAAUAUCGAUCCCGACUCCGUUCCCGCCGAAGGACAGGGAACUACAGACCAGUACGCGAUCGGCGAUCUGAGCGGCAAAUACGGCAACUUAGCCGAUAAGAGUUCAGAAGUGGUCACUUUAACCGACUUUAAUUUGCCACUCUUUGGCCGCGACUCUGUUAUCGGAAGAGCGCUAGUCUUCUACAGUCCAGAGGGAACGACAAUCGGCUGUUCAAACAUUGAACUCAAAGACGUAAACAUGACCACAGCUUUCGCCACAUUUGAUCACCCAAUUCAGGGACAGUUUAUUUUUCGUCAGCCAACAGAUAAUUGCAGUUCAGAUACUUAUGUAUACAUCGAAAUCUCCAAACCCGGCGACGAUAACGCGGCCAAAACAUCCAACCAUUCCUGGCGUCUACACGUCAAUCAAAUUAGUCCAGGCAAUAUGAAUUGGAGUACAAGUGAGUGUAAAUCCGCUGGCGAUCCCUUCAAUCCGUACAAUAUCUCAAGCGAUUGUGUUUAUGAACGCGAUUGCACUCAAUAUACACCAUUCCGGUGCCAAUUGGGAGACAUGGCCUCAAAGUUGGGAUUUAUAGAUAUUCCUCCCUAUAAAGUGUCAGAAGAGGGCGAACUCGAUAUCGGCAAAUACUUCUUCACCGAUACUUUUCUGCCACUUUGCGGACAAAACAUUGUCAACAAUCAGGAGCUGUCGUCCACACGACUCAGUUGUGCCAAUAUUAUUGAAUAUAAGCCUCGGUUGAGGACCAGAACA